AUGAAGCCUCAGGGCGAAUCCUCUGCGCAGCAGCAAUGGGAUUUCAAAGCUGUUCCCGUUAAGAGCCGGGAGGUAGCUGGAGCAGACAUGGGAAGUCCCGCACGAUGGCGGCAGUGUAGCGAGCAGCAGGCACCGUACCCGACAGAGGUGGCAGCCGUGGCAGUGGGGAGCCCGCAGGCCCUGUGGGUGCUCACAGGCCUGCUGGGUGCCCUGGUGCUGAGCACAGUGCUGGGGAAGGCACUGGUGUGCCUGGCUGUCCUGUGCUUCUGCCACCUGUGCGCCAAGGUCACCAACUGGCUCGUGCUGUCACUGGCUGUCUCCGACCUGCUCGUGGCCCUGCUGGUGAUGCCCUGGAAGGCAGUCACCAAGGUGGCCGGUGGCUCAUCGCUCUUUGGCAGCCGCUUUUGUGACACCUGUGUGGCCUUCGACACUAGGUGCUCCACGACCUCCAUCCUUCAUCUCUGCAUCAUUAGCCUGGACCGGUACUGGGCCAUCACCAGCCCCUUUCACUAUAAGUGUAGGAUGACGCAGCGCCUGGCUUGCAUCCUGAUAGUGGCCUGGGCCCUCUCCAUCCUCAUCUCCUUCAUCUCGGUGCAGCUACACUGGCAUAAAGCCCAGGACAGGAGGCCUCCAGGGUCCUGGCUGCCUGGGACACACCGCUGUGACAUCUGCCUGAACUGCACUUAUGCUAUCACCUCCUCUCUUAUCAGCUUCUACAUCCCUGUGGCUAUCAUGAUCAUCACCUAUGCCUGCACAUACCGAAUCACCCAGGCCCAGAUCCACAGCGUUUUCAGCCUUGAGCAAGCAAGAGGGCAAUGCCUGGCUAUCGACAAGCAGCCUGCCUCCUCCUCGCAGAGCUGCCUGUGCAAGGAGACCAAGGUGCUGCAGAGCCUCUCCACCAUAUCAGGUGUUUUCGUUUGCUGCUUGCUGCCCUUCUUCCUGCUCAACUGCCUGCUGCCUUUCUGCCAGCCUGUGCUGAAGAGCAGUGAUGAAGGGCAGUCACCCUGCAUUGGCCAAACUGCCUUCAACAUCUUUGUGUGGUUUGGCUGGGCCAACUCCUCUGUGAAUCUGGUGAUCUAUGCUUUCAACACAGACUGCAGGAAGGCGUUCAGCAGCCUGCUGGGCUGCCAGUGCUUCUGCUGCACAGCCAGGUCCACUGUGGAGAGGGUCAACUUCAGCAACAAGCUGGAGCCUUAUCACCACAAUUCUGCCUGUCAGAAGGACGGAGCUGCCUCAUCCUCAGUGCCGCUUGCUGCCGUGGCUGCCUGAGUGCACCCACACACCGCAAGCCUCCAGGGAGAAAGGAGCAGCAAGGAGCCGCCUGUGGAGAAAAGGCCUGCGACUCCUCAUAGAGAGGCUGCUCCCAACAGCAGCCUCAAGUAUCUUCCUGAGCCAGCCACUUUGCCAUUUGAUUGGGAGGCAGAGAUAGGUGAAAGAUCUCAUCACUCUACUCUGAAGGGGAAAAUUGCUUUGAUGUCCACUGAAUUGCUAACCACUGCACUGCUCAGAAAUGCAUCCUUGAGGGACAGUGGGAUUGUGGCUGAAAUCUUCUAUCCACGGCCAGGAUUAUCAGGACAAGAAGCAAUGGGCUUUACUGAAGUUAGAAAGACCAAAGUAAAACAUUCGAACUUUCUAAGAGGAAUUGGGCUAAAAAGUAAACAGCUUUCUUCAAGGAAGGGAAGACUUAAGGGGAGACAGCAGAACUUCCUGCGGCUGGAAAUGCUGCAGGCAGAGGACAAGAGCUCUCUUUGA